UCUGUAAAUAUUCAGUGUCGUAAAGUGCCAAACAUACAGUAAAACAAAAGCUUUUGUGUAACGGUUCUACCGUAAUGGAGAAUCUCCAUUAAAAAAGCGCAUCAGCGCAGUAGUCUUGAAAAAUUCCAAUUGGAAAAAACUUAUUGUCUUUUAAACUAAUUUUAAUCUCUCCUCAUAUAUAAAAUGUUCGUCAAAGUGAAGAUAGAUGACGAUGGAAACACAAGCCUGAAGCCGGAAAUGUUUGAGCUCAAGAAUAAUGCGACCAUUGGCGAAUUGAAGCAAAAACUGGAGGUGAAGGUGGGUCUUCCAUUGGCACGCCUGAACGUAAAGAGCUUCCACAAGUCCCUCGAAAACGAAGAGUACAUUACCAAUCUGCUCCGUGUCCAAGACAAAAACGAUUCCACUCAACCGAUGCCGACGCUUAAUGGCACGUCCUUUUCGCUGUAUCACGAGAAAUCCUUCGUUGGGUUUCUUCAAUUUUACACAAUACCUGAAGGAAAGACCCAACAAGAUUUCUUAAAUCUGCCCAAAAGCUCUAUGCUGCUGCCCGUCGACAGGCUACCUCAUUUCUGCGAGGCGUCGGACUCGCAAGAUUCCUCUGCUUCGAGUACCUCGCACAAGACGAACACCAGCUUUGAAUCCGCCAGCACGAGCGGCAGCGCGGAAGCGCGAAAGAGGAGGGUGAGCGCCUCCGAUGAAGAAUCUGCAGCCAAAAGGCUUAGGAGCAACCAAAUGAACGUGGUCAAAGUGGUUCCGCAGCAGAAUCUGCUCUCUGACAGGCCAGCCGGAAACAUGGCUUCCAUUUUUGGCUCCAAGGUUCAGAUAAUGGCGUGCAAAUCGGAGACGAGCACCAGCAGCAGCGCAGUGGAGCCAGUCGCGCAGUGCUGGAAUAAGAAGAGGGACUGUUGCCUGCCGCCGAAUUGCAAAAACAGAGAUACCCGGCCGCCGUAUGCGAACACAAUGCCCGAGAACCGGAAAUACUGUCUGGUGAUAACAAACGAGAGUUCGAGCGCAGAAGGUGUGGACACCGUUGCCCUGAUGGAACACUUUCAUUCUCUAUUCGAGGAAAGUGGAUCGAGCGUCAGCGAUCUCAAUUUCAAUGAGUGUGCCUCAACGCAGACAUUCGACUCCAACAUGCUAGUGGUCUGCGAGGAUGAGGAAACCGCCCAAUGGGUCAUUUCAGCCGUCGAUGGUGUGUGCCCGCCGCAUUCCUGCCAGCUCUUCAUCGAGUUCUUCGGCCUUCUGAGGGCGUCCUUCGUUCUGCCGCUGGUCAGUCCGAGCAAGUCGCUGUGUGUGAUCUUCGCAUUAUUGGAGUCGCAGAACCCGGGCCUGAAUACCGACAAGUGGGCCGUGGUCAAUCGCUGCACCCUGGACUGCAACGAUGUGGAGCGACAGGUCGCUCAGUUCUGCGACAACAUCGUAAUAGAUCUGUAUCUCGACGAUGAAAGUAAGGAGUUCAUAACCGAAAGAUGCUCCAAAUUGCGCUACUGCUUCUGGCAACUUCGAUUCAAUUUUGCUUGCUAGGGGUGCAUGUAUUUGGGUUUUCCAAAUUUCUUGUUAACUUUUUAGGGCUUAUUUACUUGAAAUAGUAAAAUUGUAUGAAGUGAGCAAAUUAAACGUGAAUGAAAGUUGUUAAAAAUC